AUGGCGCCUCGCACCGACUUCCCGCCCGUCCGGGCCUGUCUCUUCGACAUGGACGGCCUCCUGCUCGACACCGAGGACCUGUACUCGCUCUGCGUGAACCUCGUGCUCGAAAAGUACGGCAGACCGCCGCUCCCCUGGUCCGUCAAGGCGAAGCUGCAGGGUCGGCCGGGCCCCGCGGCCAACCAGAUCUUCCAGGACUGGGCGAAGCUGCCGAUAUCGAAGGAGCAGUACCUCGAGGAGCUUUCGGCGCUGCACCGGCGGCUCUUCCCGACGGCCAAGCCGCUGCCCGGCGUGUUUGAGCUCCUCGCGAGCCUCGGACGCACCGGCGGCGAGGCCAAGGCCGAGGGACGCGUGCACCUGGCGCUCGCCACGAGCUCCCACGCGGCCAACUUCAAGCUCAAGACGGCCCACCUCGCCGAUCUCUUCUCCGUCUUUCCCGAGGAGCGGCGCGUGCUCGGCGACGACGACCGGCUGCGGCCCGGCCACGGCAAGCCGCUGCCCGACAUCUUCCUCCUCGCCCUGCAGACCAUCAACGACUCGCUGCCGGCGGGCGAGCGGGCCAUCCUGCCGGAGGAGUGCCUCGUCUUUGAAGACUCGGUGCCCGGCGUCGAGGCGGGCCGGCGGGCCGGCAUGCGCGUCGUGUGGUGCCCGCACCCGCAGCUCAAGGAGGAGGUGGCCGGCCGCGAGGAAGAGGUGCUGGCCGGCCGCACGGGCGAGGCCGGCGACGUCGACCUCCACCAGCUCGGCGAGCUCGGCGACGGGUGGGCCGAGUACAUGGCGAGCCUGGAGUCGUUUCCCUUUGCCAAGUUUGACAUUUUGAUUCCCGAGCGAGGGUGA